AUGGUAUACCGCAACAGAUCAAAGAGUGUUUUAUCUAAACACAGCAAAAAGAGCGACGAUAAGGGGCAUUAUAAGUCGCAUUCAAAGAAGAAAUCGAAAAGCAAAAACAAGAAGAAAUCAAGAAUCUACUGGAAAUAUAUCUCAUUUAUAUGGGUUCUAUGGUUGGGAUUAAUCUAUUACAAUGAAUCAGUGGUUGUGAAAAGGUCAAUGAAGAAAUGCCAAUGGUCAAAUUGGGAAAAUUGGCCUGAGGGUGCCGAGGGUCACAGAGUGGGUUUAUUCGCCGAUCCUCAAAUAAUGGAUGAAUAUUCAUAUCCAGGAAGGCCUCAAAUAAUAAACUACUUCACAAGAGUACUUCUUGAUCAUUACCAUAGGAGAAAUUGGAAGUAUGUCCAAUAUUACUUAGAUCCUGACAGCAAUUUUUUUCUAGGAGAUCUUUUUGAUGGGGGUAGAGAAUUGGAUGAUGAGCAGUGGAUUAAAGAGUAUGCAAGAUUCAACGAAAUUUUCCCAAAAAAGCCUCUGAGAAGAACAGUUAUGUCUCUACCGGGCAAUCACGAUAUUGGAUUUGGAGACACAGUAGUCGAACCGAGCUUGAAAAGAUUUUCUAGCUACUUUGGGGAAACCUCUUCCUCUCUAGAAGUUGGAAAUCAUACAUUUGUUCUAUUAGAUACAAUUUCGCUUUCAGAUAGGACAAAUCCAAAUGUAUCAAGGAUCCCAAUGGAAUUUUUGGACGAUUUCGCAAAGGGCUCGCAUUCCUAUCCUAGAAUUCUUCUCUCCCACGUUCCAUUAUGGAGGAACGCUAAACAGCAACCCUGCGGAGAGCUACGUGAAUCCAAAAAGCCCUUCCCUAUUAAAAAUGGAAAGCAAUACCAGACAUACAUAGACCAAGAUAUAUCCCAAGAAAUUUUAGCAAAAGUUCAACCGGUAAUUUUAUUUUCCGGAGACGAUCAUGACUAUUGUCACAUAUCACACUCAUAUCCGCUCCAUGGAGAAACCAAAAUUGCUCAGGAAAUUACGGUGAAAUCGUGUGCAAUGAAUAUGGGGAUCAAAAAGCCCGCCAUACAAUUACUCUCCUUAUAUAAUCCUUCAGAUCUGGCAGCGAUAAGUGCCGGUGAGGAGCAUGAAUCAGAAACUUAUAAAACAGAGCUGUGUUACAUGCCGGAUCCGUAUAAGGCCAUCAGAAUGUACUUAUGGGGAUUGCUGUGCUCUACUGUUUUUGUCUUUUACAUGCAUUUCCUCCCAAAAUCAUUUAAUAGUCACGUUGCUACCAGAAUGAAUAGACUGCUUACUCGUCCAGACAGUAGUACUUCGGAUUUACCAUUACCUACAAGUGUUUCCAAAUCUAAAUCUAAAAAAUCGUUGACACAUUCAAAAUACUCUGUAAAUGAAACACGUUCGAUCAAACAAUUUUUAGCCAACGCAGGUAUUCUAUUAAUAUCUGUAAUGUCCAUUUUUAUUUAUUUUUAUACUGUAGUCUAA